AGAAAGUCUCGUGUCCAUUGAUUCUCCGGACGACUAGAUCCUUUAUCAAGACCAUUUCGUCAUACGUUAUCACUUCUCCUCGCAUCUGAUUCUCUCAUCACUGUGGAAAUGAAGGGCGUUGCGGCUUUCGCUGCCGGUCUGGCGGGGCUGUUUGCUGCGGUGGAGGCUUCACCUGCGGCUCCACAAGGCAAGCGUACGGGUGGAAUCACGCCGGUAACAGUUAAGGGGAAUGCGUUCUUUGCGGGGGAUCAGAGGUUCUAUAUUCGGGGUGUGGAUUACCAGCCUGGCGGAGCAUCCGAUGCUAAGGACCCGAUUGCCGACGUCGAAGGCUGCAAGCGCGACGUCGAGAAGUUCAAGGAGCUGGGCCUCAACACUAUCCGCGUGUACACGGUCGACAACACGGCCAACCACGACGAGUGCAUGAAGGCUCUCGCCGACGCGGGCAUCUACGUUGCUCUGGACCUCAACACGCCGCUGUAUUCGCUCAACCGCGCCAAUCCUCAAAAGUCGUACAACAAGGUGUAUCUGCAGAGCCUCUUUGCUACCGUCGACGUUUUCCAGAAGUACGACAACACUCUGCUGUUCUUCUCGGGGAACGAGGUCAUUAAUGAUGAUGCCACCACCUCGUGUGCUCCCUAUGUGAAGGCGGUAACCAGGGAUGUCAAGUCGUAUAUCAAUAGCCGGGGCUAUCGGAAGAUUCCCGUCGGAUACUCUGCAGCGGACGUGGACUCGAAUCGCUUCGAGAUGGCGCAGUACAUGAACUGCGGGCCGGAUUCGGUGCGCAGCGACUUCUUUGCUUUUAAUGAUUAUUCGUGGUGCGAUCCGAGUUCAUUUGAGGUGUCGGGCUGGGACCAGAAGGUCGAGAAGUACAAGGAUUAUGGGAUCCCUCUUUUCUUGUCUGAGUACGGCUGCAAUACCAACAAGCGCCAGUUUGGCGAAAUCGCCUCCCUUUACAGCGAAGCCAUGACGCCUGUCUACUCGGGCGGCCUCGUCUACGAAUACUCCGAAGAAGGUAGCAGAUACGGGCUCGUCGAUAUCGACGGUGGCAGUGUCAAGGAGCUCGCCGAUUUCUCGGCCCUGAAAGCGGCCUUCGCGAAUACCACGAGCCCCAAGGGAGAUGGCGGUUACAAGCCCCAAGGAGGAACGUCCCCAUGCCCGAAGAAAUCGGAGAGAUGGGAAGUCGAUCUUGCAGAUGAUGAGCUGCCGAAGCUGCCGAAGGGGGCGGAGCCGCUUUUCAAGGGGGGAGCCGGGAAGGGUCCUGGUCUUGAGGGGGCGGGAAGUCAGGAGGCGGGUAGCAGUGACCAGAACAUUGGGCCUGCGGGAGACGGGACGGUGACGGAUAAUAACGGUGGUAAGAGUGGUGAAAAGAAGGGUGAUGCGUCGUCUGUCAGAGUGGGCGUGUUGACGGUGUUGGCUGUGGCGGUGUCGGCAAUGCUGCUCUUUGAGUGAGGGAGGGUGAUGGAUCUUAUUCUUUUCGAUGGAUCUGGAUAGAAGGACUGUCUGGUGGGUAGGCCCGUCUUUGACGGGAUAUUUUCUUCUGUAUUAGUAUCGAGGGUGCAUGGGGCGUUAUGUUCAGAGGCGUUCAUGGGUUAUCAUUGGUCCCAACAGCGCUCAGAUGAGUGCCAAAUGGUAAUAUAGAGGCACAAUAGACAUCGUUUUCAAGGACCUCUUAUUCAUUUGAUG